AUGCCCCGUCAGUACCAGUUCAAGAGGGGCCGGACCCUGCACCUCUGCAUGAGAGCUCACGACCCGCCCAAUGAGACACCCAAGCUGUCUGAGCACAGUAACCAGGCCAAAGAGGAGACGCUUGCUGGAGCCUCAGUGGUGGAGGUGAGGCCACUGUUCUGGCAGCAUUCCAUGGUGGGGGCCUUCAAGGCCCUUGCUAAGGCCAGUUUUGCAGACACCCCUGGGAACUUGCCCUCAUCCAUGAACUUGUCUCAGCUUCUCGGCCUAAAGAAGGACAUCAGCGUCCUCCUGGCCUAUCAGCAGUGCAGGGAAGGGGCCGCUCUCUGGAGGGUCCUGCAGCUCAAUGACUCUUUCGACCUGGAGAAGCAUCUGGAUAUCAGCCAGUACACUGCCAAGCUACAGCAGGAGUUACAGAGCCUCAAACUGGAAGUGAAGAAUCUGGACUUGCUGAGCUCAGCUGCCCGCCAGGACCUGAAGGCCCUGCAGAGCAGUGGGCUCGAGAACAUCCACUAUGCUGGCUUCCUUGUUCAGAUCCAGAAGCCCGUGGUGAACACGGACAUGGAGAAGCUGGCCCAGGAGCUGCAAGGACUGGCCCAGACCCAAGGCAGUUCUGUGCUGGGACAGCAGUUGCAGGAGGAGGCCCAAGGGCUCAGAAGCCUCUAUCAGAGGAAGGUCCUCCCCCAGCAGAGCCUCAUGGCCACACUCAACCUCAGUGUCAGGGCCCUGGCAUCCUCUGCCCCAAGUCUCCAGCUGGAGACCUCAGAUGUCCUGGACAAAGUCACUUACCUAAAAGGAGAGCUGCCGAUCUGGGCUACCCAUAUCCUGAAGAAUGAAAGUGAGUGUUUCCUGACCCGGGAGAUGGGCUACUUCUCCCAGUACGUGGCCUGGGUGAGAGAGGAGGUUACUCAGCGCAUCGCCACCUGCCAGCCCUUCUCUGGAGCCCUGGACAAUGGCCGUGUGAUCCUGUGUGACAUGGUAGCUGACCCCUGGAACGCCUUCUGGUUCUGCCUGGCAUGGUGCACCUUCUUCCUGAUCCCCAGCAUCAUCUUUGCUGUCAAGACCUCUAAAUACUUCCGUCCCAUCCGGAAACGCCUCAACUCCACCAGCUCUGAGGAGACUCAACUCUUCCACAUCCCCCGGGUCACCUCCCUGAAGCUGUAGGACCCCAGUGGGGAUGUUUGCUGGCUGCACGGUGAUGCCCAGGGUGCUGCCUGCCCCCUUGACUUGGCCUGGACCAGAGGACUCCUGUCAGUCUUUCCCCAGAGCCCAGACCGCAUGCAGGCCUGGAUUGCCCCCCACUCCAGUUACCUCACCCCAUCUUACCUGUUCCCUUUCCACCCUCUUUCUGCUCAUGACCCCUUCACUCAUCCGCAAAAAUGCACUUAACUUCUGUUGAGCUACAGAGCCAACAGGUCCUUCCAGGUGUCUAUCCCUUAUCCUCCUUGCUGCAAUAUAGCAGCACCAGGAGAAGCCUGUCUCCA